AUGAAAUAAUGUUCCAUAAUAGUGUUUGGAGACAUAGGAAGAUCACCAAGAAUGGUUAAUCAUGCUUUAGCAAUAGCUGAUAACACAGAGUACCGCAUUAAUUUCUAUGGGUAUUUGGAUAAUAAGCCGACUUAGGCUUUAUUGUCAAAUCCAAACAUUCGAAUAGUGGAUCUGAACCUUUGGAUUGUAAAUCAAUUGAAGAAAAUGCCAAGAUUCCUAUUUUUAUUGUAUGCAAUACUCCGAAUUGUAUUACAAUCAUGUUACUUAUUCCUCUUGCUUUUAUUUAGUAGGAAAUAGGAGUUUAUUUUGGUUUAGAAUCCUCCCUCAAUUCCAGUUUUGCAAGUAGUAAGUUUAAUAAAGGCCCUCCGCAGAUCAAAGAUCAUCAUAGAUUUUCACAAUUAUGGACAUACAAUAUUGGCAUUGCAGAUGAGAAACAAAUAUAUCUUGAAGAUGGCUAGAUCCUAUGAACAUUACUUUAGUCGAUCAUAGGAUUUCGCCUUAUGCGUAUCACAGGCUAUGCAGAAGGACUUGUAGUAGAAUUGGAGGAUAAAUGCUACUGUAGUAUAUGAUAAGGCAAACAUCAAUUUCAAUGUGAUAAAUAAGGCAAGGGAGAAACACGAGUUGUACAUGAAGUUGGACUUCCAUUGGCAAUGGGAAGUGUUGAACAGCAAUGAGACAUUGUUCACAGAGGAAAUAAAUAAUCAGUAGGCGGUCGAGAAGGUGAAUAGACCAGGAUUGAUAGUGAGUAGUACUUCUUGGACUAAGGAUGAGGAUUUCAAUAUACUGGUGUAGGCAUUGUAGAAAUAUGAAGAUUUGGCAAAUAUUGAGUAGGGGAGAGAGUAUAGAAAAUUGUAUGUAGUUAUAACAGGUAAGGGACCAAUGAAGGAGGAGUUUAGAGAGAUAUUUUAGAAGUGCAAUAUAUGUUGGAAUCAUGUAAAAGUAAAUUUAGCCUGGUUAGACAUCGAUGACUAUCCUAAAUUAUUGGCAUGUGCUGAUUUAGGAAUUUGUUUACAUUACUCUUCAUCUGGUCUAGAUUUACCAAUGAAAGUAGUGGAUAUGUUUGGAGCUGGUACUCCUGUCUUCGCCAAAUCAUUCAAUGCAAUAUCUGAAUUGGUGUAACAUUAGAAGAACGGCAUAGUAUUUGACACUCCAGAUGAUUUGUUCGAUCAUUUGUCAUAAGCUUUUAGAUUUGAAUCCUAAAUUCUACAGUAAUUGAAGAAAGGUGUGGAGACUUUUAGGACUGAGACAUUUGAUUAAGAGUGGAGAACCAAAGUCUUACCGUAUAUAAGGAAUUUAAAAUGA